AUGCAGGGCAGGCGGUCAGAGCGGCCUGAAGCGCAAUUCGCCGGCAUCGCGGCGGUCGGAUAUCCGCCCACAGCCGGCAGCAUGCUUGGCCCCGUGCGAACAGCCACAUGCGCGACGUCCCGGGCCUCACAGUGGUUUAGAUCCCUAGCCAACUGGUCAGCAUCCGCCGCCCCUGAAGGCGUCCCCCGAAGGCGAGGCAUCUUCAUGGUACGCACUUUGACGGCCGCGGCGGCGGCCUUGCUCGUUUCGACCUCCCUUGCGGCCACGGCCGCGGUCGCCGACGACAUCAAUCCGGCGGUCGUCUUCGACAUGGGCGGCAAGUUCGACAAGUCCUUCAACGAGGGCGUCUUCAACGGGGUCGAGAAGUUCAAGAAGGAAACCGGCGUUUCCUAUCGGGAGUUUGAGGUCACCAACGAAACCCAGCGCGAACAGGCGCUGCGGCGCAUGGCCCAGCGCGGCGCCGACCCGAUCAUCGGGGUCGGGUUCGCCCAGGCGCCGGCCCUCGAAAAGGUGGCCAAGGAGUUUCCGGACACCCGCUUUACGAUCAUCGAUUCCGUUGUCGACCUGCCGAACGUCCGUUCGGUGGUGUUCAAGGAGCACGAGGGCUCCUUCCUCGUCGGCAUGAUUGCGGCGCUGAAGUCGGAGUCCGGCAAGGUCGGCUUCGUCGGCGGCAUGGAUAUCCCGCUGAUCCGCAAGUUCGCCUGCGGUUACGAGCAGGGCGCCAAGCACGUGAGCGGCAACACCGAGGUGCUGCAGAACAUGACCGGCACCACGCCGGCCGCCUGGAACGAUCCGACGCGCGGGUCGGAACUGGCCAAGAGCCAGUUUGACCGCGGCGUCGAUGUGAUCUACGCGGCUGCCGGCGGCACCGGCGUCGGCGUCUACCAGACCGCCAAGGACAGCGGCAAGUUCGCCAUCGGCGUCGACUCCAACCAGAACCACCUGCAGCCGGGCACCAUGCUGACCUCCAUGCUCAAGCGCGUGGAUGUCGCGGCCUACAAGGCCUUCAAGGACGCUCAUGACGGCAGCUGGGCCCCCGGCAUCCAGGUGCUGGGCCUGGCCGAAGAGGGUGUGGGCUGGGCGCUUGACGAGUACAACAAGGACCUGGUCUCGGCGGACAUGAUGGCAAAGGUGGAAGCCGCGGCCGCGGACAUUGUUUCCGGCAAGCUCAGCGUCCACGACUAUAUGAGCGACAACAGAACUGACCUCUCGGCUUCCUGCCGUGGUUCGGGUGAACAGCAUGCGGGCCCGCCGGGAGGCGCCGGCGACUCGCCCGCCAUCGAGCUGCGGGGGAUCAGCAAAGCCUUCGGGCCGGUUCAGGCCAACAAGGACGUCUCGCUGAACAUCCGCCCGGGGUCGAUCCACGGCAUCAUCGGCGAAAACGGCGCCGGCAAGUCGACCCUGAUGAGCAUCCUCUAUGGCUUCUACGAAGCCGACAGCGGCGAAAUUCUCAUUUCCGGCGUGCCGACGCGGAUCCGCUCUUCCAACGACGCCAUCGCCGCCGGCAUCGGCAUGGUCCACCAGCACUUCAUGCUGGUCGACAACAUGUCCGUCGUGGAGAACAUCAUGCUGGGCGCGGAAUCCGGCGCGAUCCUGACCUCCAGCGUCGCCGCCGCGCGCGCCGAACUGGAGCGCCUGGAACGGGACUACGAUCUGGAGGUCGACCCGGAUGCGUUGGCCGGCGAACUGCCGGUGGGCCAGCAGCAGCGCGUCGAGAUCCUGAAGGCGCUUUACCGCGGCGCCGACAUCCUGAUCCUCGACGAGCCGACCGGCGUGCUCACCCCGCAGGAAACCGAUCAACUCUUCCGCAUUCUCGAUUCCCUGCGUCAGCAGGGGGUGACCAUCGUUCUGAUCACCCACAAGCUGCAGGAGAUCAUGGCAGUCACCGACCAUGUCUCCGUCAUGCGCGGCGGCGAGAUGAUCGCCCAUCGCAGGACCAGCGAGACCAGCAAGGAAGAGCUGGCAGAGCUGAUGGUCGGGCGCAAGGUGCUGCUGCGGGUCGACAAGGCGGCGCCCCAGGCCGGCGAGACCGUUCUGGCGCUGGAGAGCCUGACCUUCGUGGACCGUGUGGGCGUGAAGCGCGUCGACAACGUCAGCUUCUCGGUGCGCGCCGGGGAGAUCGUCGGCAUCGCCGGCGUUUCCGGCAACGGCCAGAGCGAGCUUCUGGAUCUGCUGUCCGGCAUCCGCCCGAUCAGCGCCGGACGCUUUACCAUGAUGGGGCAGACCUUCUCCGCGGGCCAUCCGCUCGACCCCGCCACCAUGCGCGACCUCAAGGUGGCGCACGUGCCGGAGGACCGGCUGCGCAGCGGCCUCGUGCGCACCUUCGCCGCCGAGGAAUCGGCGAUCUUGGGCUACCACAACGACCCCGCCUACAACGGGCGCGUACUCAUGAACCAAGAGGUGAUUCACGAGGACUGCGCCAGGAAGAUGGCGGAUUUCGAUGUGCGUCCGCAGAACGCCAGCCUGAAGACCGCCAACUUCUCCGGCGGCAAUCAGCAGAAGCUGAUCCUGGCGCGGGAAAUCUCGCGCAGCCCGCGCCUUCUUCUGGUCGGCCAGCCGACCCGCGGCGUCGACAUCGGCGCCAUCGAGUUCAUUCACCGCAACAUCAUCGCCAUGCGCGAUUCGGGCUCCGCCGUGCUGCUGGUUUCCGUGGAGCUGGAGGAAAUCAUGUCGCUGAGCGACCGCAUCGUCGUGAUGUUCGAAGGGCGCAUCGUCGGCGAGCUGCCGGCCCAUGAAGCCAACGAGCGCCUGCUCGGUCUCGGGCGCAUGAGCGCGGCGCCGGGCAGCAUUCCGCGCUGGGUCGAUAUCGGCCUCAUUCCGCUGGUCAACAUCGCGCUGGCCUUCUUCGUCUCCGGCAUCAUCCUCUGGACCAUCGACGUCGAUCCCUUCACCGCGGUGGAGAUCAUUCUCUUCGGCGCCUUCGGCUACGACGAGGCGAUCGGCUACACGCUCUACUACACCACCAACUUCGUCUUCACCGGACUGGCGGUGGCGGUCGCCUUUCACGCCGGGCUGUUCAACAUCGGCGGCGAAGGCCAGGCCUACAUCGGCGGCCUGGGCGUCGGCCUCGGCAUCCUGCUCGUCGACACGACUCUCCCGUUUGUGCUGAUCCUGCCGCUUUCGAUCCUGCUGGCCGCCGCCUUCGGCGCCGGCUGGGCGGCGAUUCCGGCCUACCUGCAGGCCUAUCGCGGCAGCCACAUCGUCAUCACCACCAUCAUGUUCAACUUCAUCGCUUCGGCGCUGAUGGUCUACCUGAUGGUGAACAUCCUCAUUCAGCCGGGCUCCAUGUCGCCGGAAAGCCGCGAGUUCGCGGCUUCCGGUCAACUGCCGUUCAUGCACGAGGUCUUCGGCUGGUUCGGCAUGCAGGUCACGCCCUCGCCACUGAACCUUUCUGUCGUCUGGGCGGCAAUCUGCUGCGUACUCGUCUGGGCCUUCAUCUGGCGCACCCGCUGGGGCUAUCAGAUCCGCACCGUCGGCGCCAACGAGACGGCGGCCAUCUAUGCCGGCAUCGAUCCGCGCCGUGUCAUCAUGCUGGCGAUGGCCGUGUCCGGCGCGCUGGCCGGCUUCGUCGGCAUCAACGAGGUGAUGGGCGUCCACCACCGCCUGCUGCUGAACUUCACCGCCGGCUACGGCUUCACCGGCAUCGCGGUCUCCCUGAUGGGCCGCAACCACCCCGUCGGCAUCGUGCUCGCCAGCCUGCUCUUCGGCAUGCUCUACCAGGGCGGCGCGGAACUGGCCUUCGAGGAGCCGAAGGUGACCCGCGAACUGGUGGUGACCAUCCAGGGCCUGGUGAUCCUCUUCUCCGGUGCACUGGCCUUCAUGAUGAAGGGCCCCAUCGAGCGGGCCUAUCUGCGCAUCGGGCUGCUCUUCAACCUGCUGCUUUCCAUCGACGCCACCUUCCGGGUCGCGACGCCGCUGGUGCUCUGCGCCAUGGCCGGGCUCUUCGCCGAGCGUUCCGGCGUCAUCGAUAUCGGCCUGGAGGGCAAGAUGCUGGCCGCCGCCUUCGCCGCGGCCUCCAUGGCGGCGGUCACCGGCUCGGCCUGGCUGGCGCUCGGCGCCGGCAUGGUCGUCUCCGUGGCCCUGGCCCUGCUGCACGGUUUUGCCUGCAUCACCCACCGCGGCAACCAGGUUGUCAGCGGCGUGGCCAUCAACAUCCUGGUCUCCGGCCUCACCGUGGUCCUGGGCAUCGCCUGGUUCGCCCGUGGCGGCCAGACUCCCUCCGUCUCCAACGAAGCCCGCUUCACGCCGAUCACCUGGCCCGGCGCCGAGACGCUGGCCGGCGUGCCGAUCCUCGGCCCGAUCUACAGCGAGCUGCUCAGCGGCCACAACCUGCUGGUCUAUGUCGCCUUCCUCAUCGUCCCGCUCACCUGGUGGGUGGUUUAUCGUACCCGCUUCGGCCUGCGCCUGCGCGCCGUCGGCGAGAACCCCAACGCGGUCGACACGGCGGGGAUUUCGGUCAGCGGCCUGCGCUAUGCGGCGAUGCUCUGCUGCGGCGCGCUCUGCGGCAUCGCCGGCACCUAUCUCUCCAUCGCCCAGAACGCCGCCUUCGUGCGCGACAUGACGGCCGGGCAGGGCUAUAUCGCCCUGGCGGCGAUGAUCUUCGGCAAGUGGCGGCCCGUGCCGGCCAUGCUCGCCUGCCUGAUGUUCGGUUUCCUGGACGCCGUGGCGAUCCGCCUGCAGGGCGUCGAGGUGCCGGUGAUCGGGCCGAUCCCGGUGCAGCUCAUCCAGGCGCUGCCCUAUGUGCUGACCGUCGUUCUGCUGGCCGGCUUCAUCGGCCGGGCCAUCGCCCCCAAGGAUCUGGUUACCCUGGCGAUCGCUGCCAUGGAGCGGGCCUACGCGCCCUAUUCGAACUUCCCCGUGGGCGCCGCGCUGCGGGCGCAGAACGGCGCGGUGUUUUCGGGCUGCAAUGUCGAGAACGCGGCCUACCCGCAGGGCUGGUGUGCCGAGACCAGCGCCAUCGCCGCCAUGAUCAUGGCCGGGGAGACGCGCAUUGUGGAGAUCGCGGUGGCGGGCGGCGGUGCGGGGCUCUGUACACCCUGUGGCGGCUGCCGCCAGCGCCUGCGGGAGUUCGCCGGCGACGAUCUUGUCAUCCAUGUCUGCGGGCCCGAAGGACUGCGCCGGACGGUGACCCUGGGCGAGCUCUUGCUCCGGCAGGUAAAAACGCGUCUCAGUGAGGUGUCUUUGAUGUUCGAGGAAGCGGCCGAAACCGCCGCCAUGAUCCGCCGACAGGCCGGCAUCGUGCCGAAGGUGGCGCUGGUGCUGGGCUCCGGCCUCGGCGCCGUCGCCGAUGCGGUGGAGGCGCCGCAGACCCUCGCCUACCGGGACCUGCCGGGUUUCCCGCGCCCCUCGGUCGCAGGGCACGGCGGCAGCCUGAUCCUGGGGCGCAUCGCCGGACUGCCGGUGGCGGUGCUUCAGGGCCGCGCGCACUACUACGAAAGCGGGCGCGCCGAUGGCAUGAACCUGGCUCUGGCGGUGCUGAAGGAACUCGGCUGCGCGCGGCUCAUUCUGACCAAUGCCGCCGGCUCCCUGCGCGCCGACGUCGGGCCGGGGCGCCUGAUGCUGAUCCGCGACCACAUCAACUUCGCCGGCGUCUCGCCGCUUUUCGGGCUUGCCGGCAACGCGCGCUUCGUCGAUCUGGUCGACGCCUACGACCCCGCGGCGCGCGCCGCCAUCGUCGACGUCGCCGGGCGCCUGGGCCUGCCGCUGGCCGAGGGCGUCUACGUCUGGUUCUGCGGGCCGCAUUUCGAAACCCCGGCGGAAAUCCGCGCGGCGCAGGUCCUCGGCGGCGAUGCGGUGGGCAUGUCGACGGUGCCGGAGGUCAUUGUCGCACGGCUGCUGGGCCUGAAGGUUUCCGCGCUGUCGAUGAUCACAAACCUGGCCGCCGGGAUGUCCGCGGAGCCGCUCUCCCACGACCACACCAUGCAGCACGCGACGGCGGCCGCCGCCGAUAUGGCGAUGAAAGCCGUGGCGGCGCGGGCCCUCGGCCUGCUCGACCUCACCAGCCUCAAUGACGACGACGAUGCGGCGGUGGUCGACGCGCUCUGCGAAAGGGCGAGGACGCCAUUCGGCCCCGUGGCCGCCGUCUGCAUCUGGCCGCGUUUCGUGGCGCAGGCGAAAGACCUGCUGCAUGGCAGCGGCAUCAAGGUUGCGGCGGUGGCGAACUUCCCCGCCGGCGGCGACGACAUCGCCGCGGCGCUGAGCGACACGCGGGAGAUCGUCCAGGCCGGCGGCGACGAGGUGGACCUUGUGAUGCCCUACACGAAGUGGCUGGCCGGGGAGCGGGAUCUGGCCAAGCGGAUGAUCGCCGACUGCAAGCAGGCCUGCGGCGACACAGCGCGCCUCAAGGUCAUCCUCGAAACCGGCCGGCUGGACGCUGCGGAGACGAUCUAUGAAGCCAGCGGCGAUGCCAUCGCCGCCGGCGCCGAUAUGAUCAAGACCUCGACCGGCAAGAUCGCAGUGUCUGCCACCCUGGAGGCUGCCGAGGCCAUGUUGCGGGCGAUCAAGGACUCCGGCCGCGAUGUCGGCUUCAAGGCGGCGGGCGGCAUACGCGACACGGCGGCGGCGGGCGUCUACCUGGCCCUCGCCGACCGGAUCAUGGGCCCGGACUGGGUCGACCCCUGGCGGUUCCGCUUCGGCGCCUCCGGUCUGCUGAACGAUCUUUUGGCCGUGCUCGGAGACGAGGAGAUCAUCCGCCGCAAGCGCGACGGUGCGGCCCUUUCGCAGGAGGAGAUCGCCGCCUUCGUGGCCGGCAUCGCCGAUGACAGUAUCGGCGAGGGCCAGGUUGCGGCCUUUGCCAUGGCGGUUUUCCUGCGUGGCAUGGCGCGGGCCGAAGCGGUGGCCCUGACCCGCGCCAUGACCGAGUCCGGCCAGCGCCUGGACUGGCAGGGCCUGGACCUGCCGGGCCCCUGCGUCGACAAACAUUCCACCGGGGGCGUCGGCGACAAGGUCAGCCUGAUCCUCGGGCCGCUGGUGGCGGCCUGCGGCGGCUACGUGCCGAUGAUUUCGGGCCGGGGGCUCGGCCAUACCGGCGGCACGCUGGACAAGCUGGACGCCAUUCCCGGCUAUACCACCGCGCCGGAUGUCGAUCGCUUCCGCCAGACGGUCAAGGCCGCCGGCUGCGCCAUCAUCGGCCAGACCGCCGACCUGGCGCCGGCCGACAAGCGGCUCUAUGCCAUCCGUGACGUCACCGCGACGGUAGAAUCCAUCCCGCUGAUCACGGCGUCCAUUCUCUCCAAGAAGCUGGCCGCCGGUCUCCAGGGCCUGGUGAUGGACGUAAAGACCGGCAACGGCGCCUUCGCCGCGACGGUGGAGGAGGCGCGGGCCUUGGCGGAGAGCAUCGUCGCCGUCGCCGGCGGGGCGGGCCUGCCCACCACGGCGCUGAUCACCGACAUGAACCAGCCGCUGGGAAGCACCGCGGGCAAUGCCCUGGAGGUCGCCGAAUCGGUGGCCAUGCUGAAGACCGGCCAGGGCGACGCGCGCCUGCGCGAACUGGUCAUCGCGCUGGCAGCCGAGAUGCUGGUGCUCGGCGGCUUGGCGCCGGAGGCCGCGGCGGCGGCUCAGCAAGCGGAGGCCGCGCUGACAUCCGGCGCGGCGGCUGAACGCUUCGGCGCCAUGGUGGCCGCCCUUGGCGGAGCGGCGGACUUCGUCGAACGCUCUGAUGACUAUCUUCCCAAGGCCCCGGUCCAGCGCCCGGUGGCGGCGGAGGCGGCCGGGCGCCUGACCGCCUGCGACACCCGCGCGGUCGGCCUGGCGGUGGUGGAACUGGGCGGCGGGCGGCGGCGGGUCGAAGACAGCAUCGACUACGCGGUCGGUUUCAGCGACCUGCUGCCCCUGGGCAGCGCCGUACAGUCCGGCGAUCCCCUGGCCGUGGUCCACGCUGCCACCGAAGAGGCCGCGGAGGCGGCAAGCCGGCGCUUGCAGGAAGCCUUCACCUUCGGUCAGACUGUCGAAGACGCCGGCGGGCCGGUGGUGCGGCAGCGCAUCACCGCGACGGCAGCCCAGCAGCGCAUGACACCGCGAGCCGAAGCGGCGCGCUUUGCUGCGCCUUCCGGCGGCCGGCUGACGGCGGAGAUGGUGCAGGCCUUUGAACGCGACGGCUUUCUGGUGCUGGAGGACAUGGUGCCUCAGGCAGACUGCGAAGCCCUGAUCGCCCGCGCCGAGGCCAUGGUAGAGGAUUUCCAGCCGGCCAGCGUCGCUUCGAUCUUUUCGACCCAGGGCCAGGUCCAUGGCCGCGACCGCUACUUCCAGGACUCCGGCGACAAGGUCCGCUUCUUCUUUGAAGAGGAGGCCUUCGACGCCGCGGGCGCGCUGCGCCAGGCCAAGCGGCUGUCGAUCAACAAGAUCGGCCAUGCCCAGCACGAUCUCGAUCCCGUCUUCGCCGCGUUUUCGCACCGCCGCGCUUUCGACAACACCGUCAAGGCGCUGGGCUGUGCCUGCCCCCUGGCGCUGCAGUCGAUGUACAUCUUCAAGCAGCCGCGCAUUGGCGGCGAGGUCGGCUGGCAUCAGGAUUCGACCUUCCUCUAUACCGAGCCCCUGAGCGUGCUCGGCCUAUGGUUCUCGCUGGAAGACGCCACGCUGGAGAACGGCUGCCUCUGGGCGCUGCCGGGUGCCCACAAGGGUCCGCUGCGCCAGCGCUGGCGCCGCGUUGGUGAGCGUCUGGUGAUGGAAUCCCUGGACGAGACACUCUGGGACGAGGAGACGGCGGUGCCGCUGGAGGUGCGCCGGGGCGCCAUGGUGGUGCUGCACGGCAAGCUGCCCCACGGCAGCCUGCCCAACCGCUCCGAGCGCUCGCGCCACGCCUAUACCCUGCAUGUGAUCGACGGGGCCUGCGACUAUCCGGCGGACAACUGGCUGCAGCGCAGCCCGGCGCUGCCGCUGCGCGGUCUCACCGCCGGCGGCGUGCAGAUUGCUUUUGGAUUGGAGAAGAAGAUGACUCUUUCUCGCAGCCUCCGGCAGUGCGUUUUCACCGCGGCUCUCAUAGCCUCGGCCUUUCUGAUCCCGGCCCUUCCCGCAGCCGCGGAACCGGUCACGGUCAGCCUCAUGCACAUCAACGAUCUCGACCGCAUCGAGGAAUCCAAGGGCAAGGGCGGCAUAGCCCGGGUCAUGGCCCUGGUGCAGCAGGAACGCGCCCGCGCCGACACCGUGAUCUUCACCCACGGCGGCGACACCAUCUCGCCCUCGCUGCUGUCCUCCUUCGACAAGGGUGCCCACAUGAUCGACCUCUACAACGAGGCCGAACUGGACCUGCUGGUGAUGGGCAACCACGAGUUCGACUUCGGUCCCGAGGUGGCCAAGCAGCGGGUAAGCGAAGCCCGCUUCACCGUGCUGGCCAGCAACAGCCGCGACAGCGACGGCGAGCCGCUGGACGGCACCGCCGCCACCUGGAUGGCCGAAGCCGGGCCCUACAAGAUCGGCUUCUUCGGCCUGACGACGCCGGAGACCGCGGACAUCUCCAGCCCCGGCACGGUGACCUUCGAACCGCUGCUGCAGUCGGCCCGCGACUACUCCCAGCAACUGCGCGAUGAGGGCGCGGACCUGGUGGUGGCCGUGGCCCACACCGGCGUCGAGGAGGAUCUCAUGCUGAUGCGUGCCGACAGCGGCAUCGACAUUCUGAUGUCCGGCCACGACCACCUGCUGGUGACCUACUACGACGGCCAGCGUGCCUUCAUCGAGUCCGGAUCGCAGGGCGAGCAACUCGUUGUGGUCGAUGUGACCCUCAACACGGUGGAAAGCCGCGGGCAGCAACGUUUCGUCUGGGAGCCGGCCUUCCGUAUCGUCGACAGCCGCAGUGUCGAGCCCGAUGCGGCCAUGGCGGCCAAGGUGCAGGUCUACCUCGACCGUUUGAGCGAGGAGCUGGACGUGCCCAUCGGCACUGCGCUGACCGCCCUCGACAGCCGGCGCGCCUCCGUACGCGGCGGCGAGACGGCCAUCGGCAACCUCAUCACCGAUGCCAUGCGACAAGGCGUCGAGGCCGACGUGGCGCUCACCAACGGCGGCGGCAUCCGCGGCGACAAGACCUACGACGCCGGCAUCACCCUGACCCGCCGCGACAUCCAGACCGAGCUGCCCUUCGGCAACAAGACCGUGAAGCUGGAGCUGACGGGCGCGCAGUUGAUGCAGGCCCUGGAGCACGGCUUCAGCAAGGUGGAGGAGGGGGCCGGGCGCUUUCCCAGCGUCUCCGGCAUGACCGUGACCUGGAGCCGUUCGGCCCCGGCGGGUCAGCGUGUGCGCUCCGUCACCGUCGGCGGCAAGCUUCUGGACCCGGAGGCGAGCUACACCCUGGCGACCAACGACUUCGUCGCGCGCGGCGGCGACGGCUAUGCCGUCUUUACCGAGGCGGUGCCGCUGAUCGACGGCAUCUCCGCGCGUCUGAUGGCGACCAUGGUGAUGGACUUCGUCGCCGCCACCGGCGAGGGGCGGCGACAAGCGCAGGCCGGUGCGAAUCGAACGAUGAUCGAAACGCUCGCCUUCGAUGCCGACGAUACGCUCUGGCACAACGAGCACCUGUUUCAGGAUACGCAGGAGAAGCUUGCGGAAAUCGUCGGCCGCCACCGCCCGGGGGAGGACAUCGCCGAAGCCCUCUAUGCCGUGGAGAUGCGCAACCUCGCGCUUUUCGGUUACGGCAUCAAGGGCUUCACCCUCUCCAUGGUGGAGGCGGCCAUCGAGUUGACGCGCGGGCGCAUCGCAGCGGACGAGAUCCACGAGAUCGUGCAGCUCGGUAAGACGAUGAUGACCGCGCCGGUCGACCUGCUGGAGGGUGUGGAGGCGGUGCUGGACGCUGUCUCCGGACGCUACCGCACGCUGCUCAUCACCAAGGGCGACAUGGUGGACCAGACCAGCAAGAUCGAACGCUCCGGCCUCGCCGGUCACUUCGAUCAGGUGGAGAUCGUGCCGCGCAAGGACGCGGCGACCUAUCGCCGGGUCUUCGACCGUCACGGCGUCGAUGCGUUGCGCACCGUGAUGGUCGGCAACUCCGUGCCGUCGGACGUGCUGCCGGUGCUGGAACUCGGCGGCUUCGCCGUCCACGUGCCCUAUGCCAUCCUCUGGGCUCACGAGGCCCAUGAUGCCGACCCCGUCAGCGAACGAUUCCACCGCCUGGAACGGCUGGAGGACCUUCCGAGGCUCUUGCAAUCUGGCCGCCGAACCACGGCCGUUUCCGAGAGCUUUGGGGGAUUGGACAUGCUGGCCGUGAUGGGGGCCCUGGCCGAGGAAAUCGACCUGCUGCGGGCCGAAAUGACCGGGGUCAGCGAGGCCCGCCAUGCCGAUAUCCCGGUGCUGAAGGGCGAUUUCAAAGGCACCGAAAUCGCGCUGGCGCGCUGCGGCAUCGGCAAGGUGAACGCCGCCAUCUGCACGCAGAUGCUGGUCAACCUCUACGAGCCCGAUGCCCUCGUGUUCAGCGGCGUCGCCGGCGGUCUGCUGCCCAAUAUGCGGGUCGGCGACCUGGUGAUCGCCAGCCACCUCAUCCAGUUCGACAUCGACCUGACCGCUUUCGGCCGGCGCCACGGCGAACUGCCCGAUGGGGACCGCAUGAUCCAGUCGGACCCCGACCUGAUCGAAAAGACCGCCGAUGCCUUCGACGGUGCGUUCAAUGGCGCAGAGGCCGAGCCCAACCUGAUGAUCGGCACCGUCGUCUCCGGUGACCGCUUCGUCGAGGAUUCCAAGACCCUGCGCUGGCUGCAGCGGGAGUUCGGCGCCCUGGCGACGGAGAUGGAGGGCGCCGCCGUCGGCUACACCUGCCAGCUCAACAAGCUGCCUUUCGUCGUGGUGCGCGGCCUCUCCGACACCGCCAACGAAGCCGCGCCGGACGAUUUCAAGGCCAACCUGGAAACCGUCUGCCGCAACUCCUACCGGCUCAUGGACCGCCUCAUCCCCGUGCAGGGCCUGAGUCGGUACGGUCUUGCCGUCGAGCGCCUCCAGCGCUUUUCCGAGGCGUCGGGCCUCCUCCGGACGCCGCGCCCCUACGCAGGGGAAGAAGCCGCAACGGCCGAGGGACCGCGCCGCGAAGCCGUCUGCGGUCUUGGUAGCGAGGAGGAAGAAGCCCCAGCCGUUCCCGCCGGUCAGGGGCAGCAGCAGGCGGCCGCCGGGGACGAGCCGGUCGAGCCAGGCACGCGCCGGAUAGGUGGCGCCGGCGAAGGCGAUGACCACAUCAGCGGACGGCCCGCCGGUCACUUCCACGCCGUUCCCCGGGACGACGGAGGCCUGCGGCCAGAGGGCGAGGGCCGCCUUGGCAACGGCGGUAUAGUAUCCGGUGCCCGCGCCCACCUGGACGACCCGCUCACCGGCCUUGAGGUCGCGCGCCUCGUCGAUGACCACCAGCACAUCGUGGUAGAGCGCGCGGGGAUCGGCAUCGGGCGUCUCGAAGGCCGGCGCGCCGCGCCGGUCCUCCGCAUACCACCGCCGCGCGGCUUCGAUGUCAUCCGUCAUCCCUGGCUCCUUGUUGCGGUCCGGUCCCGGAUCGUGAAGCAUCUUCCCCUUCCGGCUGUCGACAAUAGCAUUGGCGGGCAUCGGUUGCCGUGCUAUGCGGCGGACAUGCUUGCCAGCCUGCCUGAUAUCUCCUCCCUUACAAUCCUUCUUCUCGGCGCCCUGACCGCGGGUUUCGUGACCGGAUUUGCCGGCUUCGGCACCGGACUGGUGGCCUCGGGGUUCUGGUUCCAUGUGCUGCCGGCGGCCACGGUGCCGCCUCUGGUGGUGAUGGCCUCGGUGGCGGCGCAGCUCGUCAGCCUCAUCGGCCUCAGGCCCCGCUUCGACUGGCCCCAGGCGGCGCCCUAUCUGAUCGGCGGCAUCCUCGGCGUGCCGCUGGGCGUGAUGGCCCUGGCGGCGGCCUCGCCGGACCUGCUGCGCACGGCGGUGGGCAUCUUUCUGGUGCUCUAUGCCCUGGUGCAGUUCUCCGGCCUCCUGCGCCUGCAGAUCGGCGGCUGGGGCGGGCGCUCCUCCGAUGCCGCGGUCGGCAUCGGCGGCGGCAUCAUGGGCGGCUUCGCCGGCCUUUCCGGGCCGCUGCCGCUGAUCUGGCUGCAGCUGCGCGGUGGACCUGCCACCGGCCAGCGCGCUGUCUACCAGCCCUUCAAUCUCAUCGUGCUGGCCACCGCCUCCGCCGGCAUGGCCCUCGGCGGCCAGGUCGACACCGCGGUGCUGACGGCGCUCUUGUUCUCGGUGCCGGCCACGGUGGUGGGCGCCUGGACGGGCGCGCGGCUCUACCACAAGGCAGUCAGAGGGAGAGCCAUGCGGCACAACGGUGGAUGUCACUGCGGGGCCAUUGAGGUCACCUUCGAAAGCGCGAUCGCGCCGGAGGCGAUGGAGGUGCGGGCCUGCCAGUGCAGCUUCUGCCGCAAGCAUGCGUCGCUGGCCGUCUCCGACCCUGCCGGCCAUCUCCGCAUCACCCUGCGCGACCCCACCGCCGUCCAGCGUUACCGCUUUGGGUUGUCCACUGCAGAUUACUUCCUCUGCCGGCGCUGCGGGGUCUACGUGGCCGCGAUCCUGGAGGAGGCGGGGCAACACUAUGCCAUCGUCAUCGUCAACGCGCUGGAGGAGGCCGGGCGCUUCAGCCAGCCGCCGCUUGCCGCCGACUACUCCCACGAAGACGAAGCGGCCCGCCGCCGGCGCCGGCGGGAGCGCUGGACCCCGGCGGUGAUCGAAGCUGCCGUGGCCCGGCCGCGCGAGUUCGACAAGGAAGAGGUGGUGGCGGCGGCCCUGGGGGUGUUCUGGCGCCAGGGCUAUCAGGCCACCAGCGUGCAGGACCUGGUGGAGGCCACCGGCGUCAACCGCGGCUCCCUCUACGAUACCUUCGGCGACAAGCACGGCCUCUUUCUGGAAGCGGUGGAGCACUACCGCCGCCGCUUCACCGGGCGUCGCCUGAGGCGCCUGGAAGAGCCGGGUCCGCUGCGCCCGAAGCUGGCCGCCUUCUUUGGCGACGUGGUCGAGUUUUCGGUCGGGGAAGGCCGGCUGCUCGGCUGCCUGAUGACCAAUGCCGCCAUCGAGAUGGCGCCGCACGACCGCGAGACGGCGCUGGCCGUCGCCGCCAACAUGGGCAGCAUGGAAAGCGCAUUCCGCCGUGCCCUCACCGCCGCGCAGAAGAACGGGGAGCUUUCAGCCGACAAGUCGCCGCGCGACCUCGCGCGCUUCCUGACUGCAACCGCCAACGGCCUGCGCGUCAUGGCCAAGGUGGCGCCGGAACGGGCGGCCUUGAAGAGCGUCGUACGCAUCGCGCUGCAGGCGAGACCCCUGAAAAUGUUGAAGCCGCGCGAAGCCGCCCCCGAGAUGUCCUUUCCCACCAUCGACGGCGAAACCUGGACGCUGUCCGAGCGCAAGCCCCAGAGCCUGUCCAUGGUCGUGGCCUACCGCGGCCUGCACUGCCCGGUCUGCCGCGGCUACCUGAAGGAGUUGAACGACCGGGUCGGCGAGUUUGCCGAGCGCGGGGUCGAGGUGGUGGCCGUCAGCAGCGACGGCGAGGAGCGGGCCCGCGCUGCCAAGACCGAUUGGGAGUUGCCCGAUCUCACCCUCGGCUAUGACCUCGGCAUCGAAGACGCACGGAAGAUGGGGCUCUACAUCUCCACCAGCCGCGGCAAGACCUCCAUCGGCAUCGAGGAGCCGGCGAUGUUCAACGAGCCGGGCCUUUAUCUGGUCAAGCCGGACGGUACACUCUACUCGGCCUUCAUCCAGACCACGCCCUUCGCCCGCCCGAAGCUGGAAGAAGUGCUGAAAGCGGUCGACUUCAUCAACGCCAACGACUAUCCGGCCCGCGGCGAAGCCUGA